GGUCUUUGCUCUGUUCUAACUCGUGGUUGGGAGAACUGAGGCAAAGCAGCAACACCGACUGGGAGCUGAGGAGGCUGAACAUGAAGAGAGGCCACGAAUUGAAUGGGCCAUGGAGAGUGAGCUGUACCCUCAUACUUACUGCAGUGGUGGUCUCUCCAGAUCAGAACAGAAGCAUGUUGGGAGAAGAAUUUAAUAUAAGUUGCAGAUAUGGAGGAGUUUUCCAUGUUGAGAAAAAUCGUCGCUACAGUCUCACACGAGAUGAGGCAGUUGAACUCUGCAAAGCUCUCAAUAGUACCCUGCCAACAAUGGACCAGAUGAAGAAAGCUCACAGUUUAGGAUUUGAAACUUGCAGGUAUGGUUACAUAGAAGACAAAAUUGUAAUCCCACGAAUCAAGCCAUAUUUUCUUUGUGCAGCAAAUAACACUGGAAUUUACAUACUCACUUCAAAUAUAACAGACCGGUAUGAUACAUAUUGUUAUAAUGCAUCAGAAACCAGGGAAAGAGCGUGUGAACCAAUCAUAAGACUAGAUGUUUCUGGGCACGAUAAUCAAAGCCAAAUAGUCAUAGAUAAUGCAGAUGGCUCACGUUACACUGAUGGUGUGAAACACACUGACCCAACUCCAGUUACAGAUGAUUAUCACAUGGGUAGUGGGUCAAUACAUGACGGAGAUGCUACAAACCCCACCAUCAUCGGACCUCACGUGACUGGUGCCUCAUAUUAUGAAGAUAUAACCCCAAAUGCACCGUCAACAGAUUAUUCUUCUGGGUCGGGCAGAAAGGAAGAUCAUCCCACAAGUACCAAUGAUAUUGCAGCAACCUUCGAUGGCAAGUGGGGUGAAGAUUCAACUAUGAUUUCACUGAUAACUGAUGGUGUUCCUGGAAAAGACAAGGAUCAUCCUAGCAAAGGACGGCAUCCCACAAGUACUACUGUGGAUCACCACCAUUACACACAUCAUGAAACCACCACCCAAGCAAAACUAUUUUCCCCUCCAUGGUGGCAUUCUGUAAAUUCCAAGGAACAGCACCCGACAACUGCCAGUAACGAUCUCAGUUCACAUGAUGAUGGUGCAGAUGGUGAAGACUCAACACAGGAUCCCUUAAUACCAGUAAUUUCUCUUGGAGGGGACAACAGUGAUGACAAGGAACAGCACCCUCCAAGUAGCACUGUGACCCCGCAUCAAGGUGCACAUGAGGAAACUUCCAUCCAACAUGAGGGGAAUCCAUCCCCUGACAUUUGGUGGGGGUCCACUACAGAUAACAAGGAGCAGCAUCCAACCACAGCAACUAACGAUAAGGAUUCACAAGAAAUUGAAACAGAUGAUGAAGAUUUACUACAAGAUCCAUUACCCUCUGGAUGGGACACAAAUGAUGACAUGGAACCGCACUCUCCAGUUACCAAUAUGGAUUCCCAUGGCGAUCCUAAGCGUAUAGAAUCAACCCAAGAUCCUUCGUUACAUAAUGUUUAUUUUGGAGGGGACAAAGAUGAGGACAAGUAUCCCAUAAACACUACUGUGGAUAGUGUGAAGCCUGCACAUUUCCCUGUAAAAGAAAGAGAUCAUUCUUCUUCAAGUGUGACUGUGAAUAAUGAAAUAGGACGCAACACAUAUACUCCUACAGGUGCCAAACAUGAAGACCCAACCCAAGAUCCACUGCUGAAAGGGGCUCAUCCUGGAUGGAGCGAUAAAGUCAAGUAUUCCACAAAUACUACCAAGAAUGAUGUACUACCUGGAGUUAUUCCUUCACAUGGAAGUGAACAUUCAACUACAGCUAUGGUCUCCAAUGGUGGGGCCAAACAUGAAGACUCAACCCAAGAUCCAUUACUGCAUACUGUUCAUCCUCGUUGGGGCAAUGCAGACAAGUAUCCCACGAAUGUCACUAGGAAUGAUGUGCUCCCUGGAAUUAUUCCUCCAAGUGAAAACGAUCAGGAAAAUGAAUCUUCUCAUACAGCUGUUACCUCCAAUGAUGGUGCCAUAUAUGAAGACUCAACCCAUGAUUCACUGCCUCUAGAUAAUCAACCAGAAUGGGGCAGUGAGGACAAAUAUCCUACAAAUACCUCCAGGGAUUAUGUCAUACCUGGACUUAUUCCUGACAAUGAAGCUGAGUCUUAUACAGCUGUGGUCUCCAAUGAUGGUGCCACACAUGAAGACUCAACCCAAGAUCCAUUGUUGCACAGUGUUCAUCCUGGCUGGGGCAAUGAAGACAAGUAUCUCACAGCUACCUCUAGGGAUGAUGUGCUACCUGGAAUGAUUCCUCCAAGUGAAACUGAACAUAAAAAUGAUUCUUCUCAUACAGCAGUGGUCUCCAAUGAUGGUAUCAAACAUGAAGAUUCAACUAAAGAUCCACUGACACCUGGCAUUCAUCUUGGAGGGGAUGAUGAAGACAAAUAUCCCACAAACAAUCCCAUUGAUAAUUUGAGACCUGGAGUUUUUUCUGACAUUGAAAGUGGACAUGGCAGAGGACCAGCUUCUACAGUCACCAGUUCUACAUUUAACAAAUACGAUGGCAGAAUAGCAAAUCCAUCUGGACAGGUCACAAAACCAAACAUAGCUUCACAGCCAAGAUCAGCCCAAAUACCAGAAUGGCUGAUCAUAGUGGCUUCUCUUCUGGCACUGACAUUGAUUCUGGCAGUCUGCAUUGCUGUCAACAGUCGGAGCAGAUGUGGGCAGAAGAAAAAGCUAGUGAUUAACAAUGGCAAAGGGUCAGUGUCAGACAAGAAGAUGGGUGGACUGAAUGGAGAAGCCAGCAAAUCUCAAGAAAUGGUGCACUUGGUACAUAAAGAACAGCCAGAUAAUCGAACAGGACCAUGUGAUGAAUUCCUGACCACAGACGAAACGAAAAAUCAACAAGAGGCUAACAUGAAGACUGGGGUGUAAUAGUGUUGGUCCAUCUUGUAGAUCGAGAGUUGGGGAAAUCAAAAUCACAUGGAACUGGGCCUGGAACUCACAGAUGCAAUGUGCUACUGAUGUCUUUUGAGCAUAAUUAAGCAUACAUUUUAUUCUUUUUAAUAUUUUUAAAAAUCAGGUCCAAAUUAAAAAAAAAAUUGACGUUGUUUUCUGAUAUAAGUGCCUGAGACUUGCAUAAAUUUGGCAGUUCCCAUUUCCUACCUGGAAGACACUUAUAUGUAAGGAGGGAUGUUAGCUGAAAUAAUAUUUUCUCCAGUUGCAGCACCUUCACUAAGUGGAUAUACAGAAAUAUCUAGUCACUCCAUCUCAAAGGCAUUUAUGAUACUAAAUUUACAUAGUAUGAGCAUAGGUGAGGAAUAAACAUCUAGAGAAAAAUAGAGUUAAAUCAAAAAGGGCUUCUGUAGAGUUUGUAUUACAGCAGAGUCUUUUCAAAUUACCUUUCAGCCCUGGGGAGUUUGUCAAGUGCAUUGAGGAUCUGCUGGUAUAGGCAAACUGUGACAUUUUAGAGUGAUUACAACUAGGGCUACAAUGAGAGAACCCCAAAGUACAAAACUAUGUAUCUCUAUUUUUUAAAUGCCCAUGGAUAUAUAAUGUCAAUAAUUUUUAUUGGGGCAAGUGGGAAAAGACAUGAAAACCUGAGCUGAUACAUAAUAAACUUCUAUUCUUUAUCUUAACAAUCUGUGCAGUUAUCCUUCAGUUUCAAAACUGUAUGUUACUGUUCCCCCCCAUCAAUCAUAUUUUGAGUAUGUUCCCUAGUGAACCUUGUUAGUUAAGUUGACAAAUAAAUGCAGUGACCACAACUCAAACACACAUUUCAAAACCUAGCAGUAGGAAAUGAUCAAAUAAGAUGGCAAUAUUUUGUUUCUUGCAGAACAGGGCUCUAUCUAUCCCUGCUCUCAGAUUUAUCAUAAGAUGUUGAGCUUAGCACAACCUGUUUUUUCCCAUAAUGGUUGCAUGUUACACUAUCUUGCUGGUAUUUUAACAGUCAAAUUAAAAUUAUGUGAUGUUCUCUUUUGGAUUCUACUUCCGCCAUCUUUUUGUUUAAACUCUGCUUACUAAAAAUGCCAAGAGAAAUAUUGUUCACUUGUUGAAACAAGAAGUUGGAAAACUGCAUAAAGAUCAAAGAAAAUGAAAGAAAACUAUUCCAACAACAUAAAAUAGCUGCAGCUGCACUGACACAUGCUUCCCUCCUCUUUGUACAUCCCAUUUAUGUAAAGUAUUUGUGUACACUAAGAAGACGUUCAGUAAUGUACACUGAAUUGAUUGUAUAUAUUAUCAGCAAGAAAUCGAUUACCAGCAAUAGUCUAUCCAACUUCGAUUUAAGGAAAAAUCUAAGUAAAAACAAUUGAUUAUGUAAUUAUAAUCAAUGAGGACCCUAUACGCCAUGGGAUGGGAACUGUUAAAUGUUUAAUCAAUUAAGCAAAAUAGUCCCAUUCACUGACCAUGGAUCCUUAAUGAACUGAGAAGAGCCCACUAGAGUCAUUUAUUUUAAUUUCCUUUUUGAAGAAACUUCAGCAGUUAAAAUUUCAGCUAGAAUUGUCUAAUAUUGUGCUUUAUUCGUACCAUGAAAUUGCUGAGGUUGUGUUUCUCAGUGUAGAUCUUUAGCAGCUCUCCAUAAGUGUUUGUUUAAUGACAUACUAUAACUUGGUAAUAUUUCUCAGGCAGAUUGCCAUGGGUAAAAUUCACUCUUGUGCAAGAGGGCCAGCAAAGCAUGACUUAAUUUGACUGCUUAAGUGGCAUAUGUCCUGGCCUACUGAACAGGGAUGUUUCAUAUAUAGAAAGUUACAUGUUCGUGGGCUGUAUAUGAUCAUACGCUUUGAAGUCAAUGGAGUUAUACCUAUUUACAUCAUCAGUAAAUACAGUCCAAUGUCAACAUUCUCAUCCUGUCAUAAACAUACAUAACUCACUUUUGCUGUGGGAUGUUUGUUUCCUUCAGGCAUUUUUCAUUCCUGAAGUAGUUUUUGACAGUGUUUUCCAUCAGCCAUUGUAAAUCGGAAUGGUCUCUUGCAGGAUGCAUUUAAAUGGGCACCGUGCAUAAAAUUUGUUCAAAGCAGAGUCAGAACAAGGCCUAUUCACCUCUUGAAUCCUAGCUGAACAUAGGGUCUCUGCAAAGACCUCUUUAAGUACAGGCUUUGGCAUGUUACACAUUCAAAUUCUUACUCUAAACAGGAGUAUACCUACUUAGAUAUUUAAUGGGGAAAUCUGCCAUCUCCUUCCCAUACUCAGUUUUAGUGUCUAGUAUGUCAAGGACAUCAAGACUUGACUUAUUUGGAGGUUUGCUUUUUUAUUUUUUUGAUAAGGUGGCAUAAAAUCUGCCCUACAGAAGCAGUGCCUUUAUUUUAUAUAUGCAAAAGUGAUUCAUAUUAGAUGUCAUGUGCCACAUGUGUAAUUAAUUUGCAUUAUAAUUUCUAAAAUAGAUUGUCAUUUCAUGCGUAUAACAAUUGUUUGUACUGAGGUUUUUAUUGUUUGGGGACUUCUUUUGUUUAUUACAGAGCACUCUUGAUAUAUUUAUAUAUUUAUCAACAGAUUAAUUAGAAGGAAGAAAGAAUCAUCUCUAAAUUUUAACCAGAGACAUAGAAAAAAUGUAAAUUGAGCUUCCAAAAAUAAAAUUGAUUCUAAAUUAAGGGAAAAGAUAAGACUGGCAUUAUUAUAAGCUAGGGGUUUGGAGUUUUUUUGUUUUGCUUUGUACCAGUGAGCCACAGGUCUAUUUACAUGGUUGUAAACCCUAGGCUACACCCAGCUGAAACUCCCUGUACUCUUCAAUGCUUUACUAACGUUGUGUGCGGGGUUUCCAAGCAUUCAUUCAUCUGGGGGAAAAGCUCAGCUUGCCAAUUUAAAAUGGGUGGUUUGGCUUCUCUAGAAAUUGAAUGAUGAGUCUAAUUCUCAUCUCACCAGAGCUGAAUCCUGUAAGAUGCUGACCUCCCAUUGAAGUCAGUGGCCGUUGGGGGGGCUCAGCACCUAAUGGAAUCAAGCCCUUACAUCUGUGUCACACCAGUGAAAUUCCACUAACUUAAAUCGAUUUGGUGUGUGCAUGGGCCCAAAUAUUUUUUGCUGGCACCACUUAAUUUUCCAGUGAGACGGGUUUAAAAAGCAAAGUAUAGGGCAACCUUAUAAGUAGCAUAUGGUAUUCAAUUACCUCAAACAAUGCUGAAAAUAAGAAAUAUAGCCAAUACUUAAAUUUACAUGGAAAAGUUAUCUAAAGCACCGAGUGUAUUAAGAGUGAGAGGUUACUAUAGUCACUCUUUUUCUGACCAAUGACUUCACCCAUGUUUUUUGGAUGAUUUGUAAAGAAUGGUUUAUUGAAGCAGAGAAGUGAGAAGGGUUACAUUAUGUUAAAAAGUUUUAUGGUAAGGGAGUGUUUUAAAUAUUUUUCACAAUGUCUGUGGGAAUCAGAAUUCUAGUUUGAUAUUUUUAUGUUUUUUCUGGCAUCUCAGGGAUGUUUUUUGUGUGUAAUUUGACAGUAACAAGAACCUACCCUUGUAUUAAAUAGUUUGGAAAGAUUUAGCAUGCUGAUAGAGACUUCCAACGAGAUCAUUACCAGGGCCCUGAUUGCCACAGAGUAAUGGAGCUGUGCAGAGACAGAGACUCCCCCCUUAAUUAACCUUUCCAUGACUCCAGGAAAGUAACUAUUUCCCUCUCAGAAUUAGCUGUGAGACCCAGGAGACUUAGGGCUUGUCUACACUUACCAGGGAUCAACACUGUGGCGAUUGAUUUAGCAGGUCUAGUAAAGACCCAUUAAAUUGACCACAGAUCGCUUUCCUAUAGACUCCGGUACUCCAUCAGAACGAGAAGAGUAAGGGAAGUCGACAGGAGAGUGUCUCCCAUCGACAUAGUGUACUGUGGAUCCCACGGCAUCUAAGCUAUGUCGAUUUGAGUUACACUACUAACAUAAUUCAAAUUGCAUAGCUUAGAUCGUCUUUCCCUCAUAGUGUAGACAAGGCCUCAAAGAAACUUCAUUGAGCUAGCAGUUGUGGGGACUAUUUUGAUUUAGAAUGGCCUCUUGGGGGAAGUUAUUCAAUACUGCAGCCAAAGCUUUUACUUCAUCUUAGUAAGCUUCUCAUGGCCCCUACUACUCUAGUUGUAGUUGAUUAGACUGAAUUAGAUUUGACACUUUAUAUUUAGAUAAAUCUAGAUACAAGUGAUAGAUCUGGAUACUGAUUAGCUUUCUGAUAUAGGGAAG